AUGGAGAUAAAGAAUCACACUUUGGCCACAGAGUUCAUUCUGCUGGGCAUCCCCCACACAGAGGGGCAGGAAACUGUGCUCUUUGCUGUGUUCUUGAUCUUCUACCUCUGCACUCUGCUGGGAAAUCUGCUCAUCCUCCUAGCUGCGAUGUCUGAUUCCCACCUCCACAUGCCUAUGUAUUUCUUUCUUUGUAAUCUGUCCGUGCUGGACAUUGGUUUCUCUUCUGUGAGCACUCCAAAGAUGCUGGCCACCUUGCUGGUGAGAAGCCAAGUCAUCUCUCUGGGUGGUUGCAUGUGCCAGGUCUUUUUCUACCACUUCCUGGGCAGCACUGAGUGCCUGCUCUACACAGUAAUGGCCUACGACCGGUUUGCUGCCAUCUGCUACCCACUGCGCUACACCAUCAUCAUGAACCGCCUGGUGUGUGCCCUGUUGGCUGUGGGUACCUGGUUCACUAGCUCCUUUCAUGCUAUAAUUCUCACCACAUUGACCUUCCAACUGCCAUAUUGUGGCUCUAAUGAGGUGGACUAUUUCUUUUGUGACAUUUUCCCUGUAGUCAAAUUGGCAUGUGGUAACACUAUCAUUGAGACGGUGAGCUUCACCAACAUUGGCCUCGUGCCCAUGAACUGCUUCCUCCUCAUCCUUGCCUCAUACAUCCCCAUAGUCGUCCUGAAGAUGCGCUCUGCCAAGGGGAGGCGCAAAGUGGCAUCUACCUGCGUCUCCCACCUCUCAGUGGUCACACUGUUCUUUGGGCCCUGUGCCCUCAUCUAUACCCAGCCACCUUUGAGUGAAGUGCUAGUAACCCCAGCGCAGAUCUUUGGCAAUGUAGUCACCCCCAUGCUGAACCCCACAAUCUACACCCUGAGAAACAAAGAUGUAAAGGGAGCCCUGAAGAAACUAGCUGGGGCCAAGAUUGUUUCAGAAGGAGGUCACUAG